ACAACCAGAGCACAACCUGGUUGUCCAGACUGUGAGUGUGGGUUUUUCUGCUUUCGGUUCCUUCUUCUUCACAUCAGACAUAAAAGUAAAACCAUUCUGAACUCAGUCUAUUAUUGUUCUGCUGCCUGGAAGCGGACCUGAGAGAAGGUGUGAAGAUGUCAGACCCAGAGACCCAAACUCAGCCUCUUAUUGGGGGCCCCAGCCAAACAGCCGUCAAUGUAGGAGCACCAGAACAGGGCCGCUCCAGCCGGGCCUAUAAGGUGGCGGGAAUAACCCUGCUGGCCUGUGUGCUGAUUGUGGGCCAGGCUAUGACCGCCUACUUCCUCCUCACCCAGAGGAACGACAUCAAAUCUCUGCAGGAGCAAGGCAACCAGCUGAAGACGUCCUUCAGCAAGGGAAGAUCUGUUUCUGUACCCCUGCGGAUGCACAUGCCCAUGAACACCCUGAGCGAGCUGAUGGACGACACUGCAGAGGAGAAGUCUGGCACUGACACACCAGCAAAAUUUGACCCGUCUCAGGCCACCGACUGCCAGCUGGAGGCUCGUGGUUUGAAGCCUGUGCCGGUUCCGGGUUUUUAUCCCGCCUGUGACGUGCGAGGCCUCUACAAGACCCAGCAGUGCUACAUGGGCCAGUGCUGGUGUGUGGAGCCAGUCAGCGGGCAGCAGGUCACAUGCGCCCAGAUGAACGCAAAAGUGCCCUCCGACAUGCUCGCACUUGAGUCCGACAUCAAAACUGACUAAAACUAUGGGAACCGAAGUUGAUCAUCUGUUCCAGAAACCAACAUCUAUUCAACUCCUAUCAUAUCACAACUUUGCCAUCUUCUAAUCAUUGUCUCUGCAGUACUUAAUAAGUUAAUGGGGUUUAUUAUGUUGCUCAAGAUUGACCAAAUUCCAAUCACUUAUCCGCUUGCUAUCACUUGAACUAGAUUGUUGGAGCUCAUUUAUAGCCAAUAUUACAUACACAGCAAAGCCUUUCAACUUUAACUGAUUACUAAGUAGAUAUUAAAGGUUAAGGGUUGUAUUUUUCUGUGCGUUUCACAGAUUUAAAAGAAGUUUUAGUCAUAUUUUGCCCCAUGUCAAUUUGAUGAGAAGAAUGCACUUUCACAUUAUUCACUGAUGUAGUUUAAGGAGUGGAUUUCUGGCAAAGUGUGGAUUAAAAAACAAUUCUGUCCACUUCUCCUUGGCAUUAAUUAAAUUUCUUUUAGAUGUUUGGCUCAACUUUAAAGGAUGAAACGGUUACUAAAAGUACGGACACACUUUUGGAGACAUGGAUAACUGCUACAUUUCUGAUCGGCAUUGUGUCAGUUUAUUCAAACAGCCCAAAUAAACCACAUAAAGACA